UCUGUAUGAACUCAGAGCUUCUGUUUUACCAAAUUACCCUCCGAUUUCCUCAUUUCUCUCAUCAUCGGCGUAAUUCAAGAACUCCAAGAACCUCUUGCUUCCCUUGAUUCUCCGAAGGUUUCUUCUUUUCAACGACCCUUCCGCCCACAAUUCUUCGAUUCAUCAUCCUCGAAUCUUCAAGUUUCAAGAAAUCUUGAUUAUCUAAGGUGUAGAGGUUCUCACAUAUGAGCGGCAAUGGCCGAUCAUCAGCCUAACUUUCCCGCCGGAUACUCAGUCGGAAUCGCCCCCUCCACCCCUGAGCCACCACCAUCCCGGAGACCCGAACCCAAAAUAAGCCCACCACCUUUCACACCACCACCGGGUCCCAUUUUUGCACCACCCACCAUACAACCACCACCAAACCAGAUACUCUCCCCCUCCCCUUCCAUUAAGUCCUCACAAUUAUCUGCAAAUGGAAUCAGAACAGGCGGCCCUCCUCCACAUUUAAGCACACCGCCAGGACCACCGGUGUUUUCUUCGCCGGUGCAACCUGCCGCCGUCCCUUUCCGAACAUCUCCGGCGACUCCUCAGCCAGUUGCAUACUCUUCCAUGUCAUCUUUGUCAGCUUCACCACCACCUUCUGGUUUUUCAGAUGGGAAUAAUGAGUAUCAGCGCCAGGUGUCGACUGAUGGAGAUGACAUGGCGGCUCUUUCUGAUGCUCCAAAUGUUUUACUUUCAGCACGUAAGGUACUAAAACAAAAGAAACUCAUGAAUGUACCCAGCCUAGGUUUCGGGGCACUCGUGUCCCCAGGUCGAGAAGUCCUCCACGGUCCUCAAAUAAUCCAACGGGACCCACACCGUUGCCAAAAUUGCGGGGCCUACGCAAAUCUCUACUGCAACAUCUUACUCGGAUCCGGCCAAUGGCAAUGCAUAAUUUGUAGAAACCUAAACGGAAGUGAAGGCGAAUACAUCGCCUCCACCAAAGACCAACUCCUUAACCUCCCGGAACUCGCGUUCCCAUUGGUUGAUUUCAUCCAAACUACAAACCGUCGCCCCGGUUUCAUUCCCGUUUCCGAUUCCCGUGUCUCCGCCCCUAUCGUCAUCGUAAUCGACGAUUCCCUCGACGAACCCCACCUCCAACAUCUGCAGUCUUCCCUACAUGCUUUCAUCGAUUCCCUUUCCCCCACCACUAGAAUCGGAAUCGUAUCCUACGGUCGAACGGUCUCCGUUUACGACCUCUCCGAACCGUCGAUCGCGUCCGCCGAUUUGUUACCGGGACACGUGUCACCGAGCCAAGACGCGUUGAAACAACUUGUGUACGGAACGGGGAUUUAUCUUUCCCCGAUCCACAAUGCGUUACCCGUCGUGCACUCGAUUUUUUCCUCUUUAAGACCGUAUAAGAUGAAUGUUCCGGAAGGUUCUAGAGACCGCGCGAUGGGGGUUGCGAUUGAAGUCGCGUUAGCGGUUAUCCAAGGUCCGAGUCCGUCUGGCGAAAUGACAAAAAAGCCCGGGGGGAGUAGUCGGGUGAUAGUAUGCGCAGGCGGGCCGAACACAUACGGUCCCGGGUCAGUCCCGCAUUCGUUUUCCCAUCCGAAUUAUCCGCACAUGGAGAAAACCGCGUUGAAAUGGAUGGAGCAUUUAGGCCGGGAGGCUCACAAGCGGAACACAGUUAUCGAUGUUUUAUGUGCGGGGACGUGUCCGGUACGAGUCCCGAUUCUACAACCGCUCGCGAAAUCCUCCGGGGGCGUUUUGGUCCUUCACGAUGAUUUCGGCGAAGCGUUUGGUGUGAAUUUGCAACGCGCGUCUACUCGCGCGGGCGGGUCCCACGGGUUGAUGGAGAUUCGGUGUUCGGAUGACGUGGCGGUCACUCAAGUUAUCGGACCGGGAGAAGAAGCGGUUACGGAUAACCACGAAGCGUUUAAGAACGACAAUGCGGUCGCGAUUCAAAUGUUGAGCAUUGAAGAGACGCAGUGUUUCGCGGUUUCGAUGGAGACACGCGGGAAUUUGAAGAGCGAUUUCGUGUAUUUACAGUUCGGGAUUUUGUUUUCGAAUUUAUACCAAGCGGAUAUCACGCGGGUGAUUACGGUGAGGUUGCAAGCGGUGGAUAGCGUCCAAGCGUAUCUCGAUAGUGUCAACGAUGAGGUGGCGGCGGUUCUUAUUGCGAAAAGAAGUCUUUUGCGGGCGAAGAAUUUUAAUGAUGCGGUUGAUGUUAGGAAAACGGUUGAUGAAAGGAUUAAAGAUAUUACUUCUAAAUUUGGAGCUCAAAUGCCGAAAUCGAAGCUUUAUCAGUUUCCAAAAGAGUUGUGUAAUUUACCCGAGCUUUUGUUUCAUCUUAGGCGGGGCCCACUUUUGGGGAGUAUUUUGGGACAUGAGGAUGAGAGGUCGGUUUUGCGGGAUAUUUUUUUGAACGCGUGUUUUGAUUUGUCUCUUCGGAUGGUGGCGCCUAGGUGUCUUAUGCAUCGGGAAGGUGGCACUUUUGAGGAGUUGCCAGCUCAUGAUCUUGUCAUGCAGUCGGAUGCUGCGGUUGUGCUUGAUCAUGGGACAGAUGUCUUCAUUUGGUUGGGUGCUGAACUUUCUGCUCAAGAAGGAAGAAGUGCAGCAGCAUUAGCAGCAUGCAGAACAUUGGCUGAAGAGUUGACAGAAUUGAGGUUUCCAGCUCCUCGAAUUCUUGCAUUCAAAGAGGGAAGCUCUCAAGCCAGGUAUUUUGUAUCUCGGUUAAUACCUGCACACAAGGAUCCUCCAUAUGAGCAAGAAGCAAGGUUUCCACAGCUUAGGACAUUGAGUACAGAACAAAGGACAAAGUUGAAAAGCAGUUUUAUUCACUUUGAUGAACCGAGCUUUUGUGAAUGGAUGCGUAGUCUCAAAGUAUUGGCACCCGAACCGAGUUAACCGGGUGGUUCUGAUUGAAAUUUCUCUUUUGUUUUUUGGUUUUUGGUUUUUUCUUUUAAGAGCAGUUGAGGAUUUGUUUUAUUUUUGUUUACAUUUGAUUUCGAUAUGCUGAAAUGCAGCAGAAGUGGAGGAAAUAAGUAAGAACAUAGGGUAAAAAAGAAACACAAGGUACUUUUGAUGAUAAAAAUUAUGGCUUUUUUUCUUCA